AUGGAGUGGGAGAUAAAGGCCCUUAAAGUUCAAUGCAUCAUUGAGGAGUGUGACUGGAAAGGAGCUAUUAGUGAUAUUGAAGCACAUGUCAUGGCCUGUCCUUAUCGAAUGGUCAACUGCUCUCUGGGAUGUGGGGAAAAGAUUUGUUAUAGGGAAAUGGAAGCUCAUCUCAGUGAUUGUCCAAAGCGGAUAGUCAGUUGUCAGUAUUGUAAAUAUGAAGGCCCUCAUGACUUUAUAACAAACAGUGCUCAUCUUGAUAAGUGUUAUGACUACCCUGUCAAAUGUUGCAAUGAAGGUUGUGAAUUUAUUCAAGAACGCUUUUGGUUCAAAUAUCAUGAGCAAAAUUGUCCUAAAGCUAUUGUUUACUGUGAAUACAGUAAUUUAGGAUGCAAUAAAUUAAUAAAAAGGGAAGAGCAAGAAAAGCAUAAUGAAGAAUCCAUGAAAGAUCACUUACAAGUGGCCGUCAAACGAGUUGAUACUCUGUAG